UUGCUGCAUUGUAUUUUAUUUCUUCUUUUGCCAUUCCCCCAUCCCGCAAUGCUGAAUGCAAAACCGACCAGUCGAGUUCAGCGCGCAGCUCUCUCAAUCCAAGCAGGCGAGAUAGCCCGUUAGGCCCACGACGCAGUGUGGUUGCUGGUAUUCUUCGCACAGGCUGGUGGGUUUGCGGGCCAACGUAUAGAGGCCUAGUGUUCGCUUUUAGCGGAAGGCCUUAUAUUCAGGACACCCUCUCAGUCAUCUGCACUAGUUUCAGUUGACUAGAACAGUGUCUGUGCUCAACUUCAUGUGUGUUGGAUAUGAAGUAAAACGUGUGAGAAUAUAAAUGUGAAGGAUAUUGUUCAUGAUUCAGUUCAUAAGGAUUAUUCUGUGCUUUCUUCCGAGAGUCCCCGGUCUCUCUUACCAACUUGAACCACUGUCCAAGACUUGUCUUCAGAACUAUAUAAGGUAUCUUUGGAGGCUGAGUGGAUUAUGCCAGUAGAGUCGUCUCAAGACGUGCCGUUUGUGCAGUAUCAUCAUCGUCACCCAAGCCAUCACCAUCAUUUUCUGCCAUGCUUCGCCGAGGAUCUUGACCUGGUGACAAGUCCCGAUGACCUGUGUCUGUCCAGUACUGCAGCAGCGGCGGCCUUGACCCUUGACAGCAACGAGAACCUCAUCAGCACCCACAGCCCACCUUUGAUUAACCUCAGCCCGAACUUAAGCCCGUCUUCAGAGUCUCGGGUCUCCCCAUUUUAUGACUUCAGAGAGACGACACGUAGAAGGAGUGCUCAAG